AUGGCUGAUGCACCAUCUCAGGGCCAGGAUGGCCGAUGCACCAUCCCCUUCCCCCUCAACUCCCCAUCUUCAACACCCCAAUCCCCUCCCCUCUCCCUCCCCCUCCCCUUUUCCUCAAGCCCCCAACUGCAACACCCCAACGCCCUUCCUGCUCCCUCCCCCUUCCCCUUCCCCGCGCUUUCCCGUCCUGCUCGUUCCAGCCAAUGCCUCUACUCCUAUCAAGGCUCGUUCCAGCAAGUGGGGGCGUGUCAGUACCAGCAGGGCCACUCUGUUGCCACGUGGGCUGAUCAGCGCAAGCAGCAGCUCUCGAUGGCCAACAACGCCAUGCUCUCAUUCGUGCGUUCCUCUUACCCCUCAUUUGCGUCAUUCAUGUGGGUUUCUACCCCGCCCCCCACUUCCUUUUCCAUACGUGCUUCCGCCCCCUAG